AUGACAAUGCAACAUACAGCCUGGAAGAAGGCAAUUUCGAAUUUGAAUACGCCAUCAUCCAGGGGCCCCAGUAAUAUCAAUGGCUCAACCCCAUUGUCGCUGUGGUCUGCGCGGAGCACCGCAAAUAGCAGUCGGUACUCGAUAGCAUCGACUUCUCCGUAUACUUCCAUAUCCAAGUCACAAAAACAAAAGAAAAGUCUCGACCGGGACUUCUUCGUCUCGGUUCUCGAGACUUCAGUCACUAAGCGAGAUGCCAAGGCUUACAUGAAUAAGUUCGUGCCCCUUCUGGAAAAGAAAGGGGCAACAUACUUCAAGCAGCGUGCUGCGCAAACUCGUCUAGGAAAUAAUAUAAGCCCCAUAGCGGUAGCCGCUUUGGCUGAGAAUGCGGAGGAAAGGAAGGAUGCUGUUGCCGGAUUUAAACCCGAAGUUGAUCUUCCCUUCCAAGUGCCCUUAUAUGUUGCCUUGGUCAAGUUUCGUGCUCCCCAGGAGGCCAACGAUGCCACUCUAGAUGGCGUGGGGAAAACACUCAGCCAACUCCGGAAACUUGGAUUAAUUAGUAUCGUCGUGGUCGACUGCGGAAAUACCGGGGGAAAUGAGGCUGCUCAACGGCAGACUGCUACUAUCCAAGCUAACCGCAUCGCUAUGGCGAUAGACAACUAUGAUGCUCCCGGGGCGCGGGUUAUUGACUCACCAAUUACCAUUGAAAGUACGACCGAGGGAUCCGCUUCACCGUUUACCUCCCAGGGCCUCUUCAUCGGCAAUCCAAAUGAUUUGAUGGCCGCCUUGCAGGAGGAGGUGGUCCCCAUCAUCUCUUCAUUCGGGUAUACUGCUGAUGCUUGUACGGUCAAGCCAGUCAACGUAAAUGAUGCCAUUUUAGCUCUUACUAGACAAUUAUCAGGUCUUCAGUUCCUGGGUCAGCCUAUUGAAGAUUCAAAGGCCAUACAACCCUCGAGAUCUGCCGAGGUGUAUCGGCUUAUCGUAUUGGAUCCACUGGGAGGAAUUCCUGCGAAAAACCGAGCGACUGGAAGGCACUUGUUUCUGAACCUGGAGCAAGAAUUCCAGGAGGUCCGAAACGACCUGUUAAAGGCGACGUCGCCGAACGCGAACGGUCCAAGUCAUGCUAAUUUACAGCAUUUGGAAAAUGCUGACUUAGCAAUGAAUGUACUGGCCAUGCUGCCCCCUACUUCUUCUGCUGUAAUCACGACCCCACAGGAAGUAGCAAACGAGCGAAGCCCAGAGGAUAACGGCGUGGACUGGGCGCUUGUUGGUACCAGGCGGGGGCAGAACCCAUUGAUCCAUAGCCUCUUGACCGACAAGCCGACCCAGUCUUCGUCCUUACCCUCCGAGCGUUUCAGGCAUUUCACGUCAUCGUCUGGAAUGGCUCAGAUAGGCUCUCUGACGACCUUGGCUAAACGUGGGAUGCCCUUAACUAUAUUCCCGGACCCCCGAGUUACUCGGUGGAAACCACCUCAGCCGGGACAGAGCGGUCUCAAUCUAACGGAUCCAUGCAUAGACCUUCCUAGACUUGUCAAUUUGAUAGAAGACUCCUUCGGGAGAAAACUUGACGUUGAAGAUUACUUGAAAAGAGUUCAUGGGAAUUUGGCAGGUAUCAUUAUCGCGGGGGAGUACGAAGGGGGAGCCCUAUUGACGUGGGAGAAACCUCCCGGCCUGGAUGGCUCCGAAGCAGAUGUCUCGAGCCGACUCGUGCCGUACUUGGAUAAGUUCGCAGUCCUCCGUAAGAGUCAGGGUGCUGGAGGAGUGGCUGAUAUAAUUUUUAAUGCCAUGGUCCGAGACUGCUUCCCAGAGGGGGUAUGUUGGAGAAGUAGAAAGAACAAUCCGGUCAACAAGUGGUAUUUCGAACGUUCUAGAGGCUCGAUGAAGUUUCAAGAUAUGAACUGGACGAUGUUUUGGACGACACCGGGCUUGGCUCUGGACGAGCAGAGAUUCCAGGAUUAUGAGAGCGUAUGCCGGAGCAUCGAGCCGUCAUGGGCGGAAAAGAAACAGGAGGUUGACUAG